GUAUCCAGCAUUUUGUAGCUCUUCCUUGUUGGUCCCCUUUGCAACAUGGAGAACAGCUGAACAAUUUUGUUUUUACAAGUACACGAGAGGUGCGUACACGUGGCUGGCUCAGCACUUCCUUGCAGAUUUGGUAGAUGCUUGAUCAGCAAGUCUUAAGAGGAAAUAUUUUAUGCAGAGCUGUAUGGCAAAUAGAAAUAACAUCCAGUAAUGGCAACUCAAAGGGAAAGUGACUAGAAAAAGCAAAUGUUCUGAGCAAAAUAAAUUUAAAGUUGCAGUUUCACUUCAGGCUGCCUUGCCCACUGUGAUAUCUAUGUCUUCCUCUCGCUCCUCCAGUUCAUUGCUCUGAUGGCUCUGCCACCUCCGGAUCCAGAGUUUGUCCUAAGAGGUACCAGUGCCGCAGUCCACACUCUGCAUUUUUCCUGUGGAGGCCAAGAACCUGAUUUCCCAAUUCUUUUCUCUGGGUCUGAGAAUGGUUUUGUCCAUGUCUGGAACUUGAAAACACGCAGAGUGGACACAGCACUGGAUGGUCAUGGAAGAAAGUCUGUCUACUGGGUGGAAACAAUGGAUGCUAAAGACAGGCUCCUUAGUCAGGGUCGUGACCAAAGGAUCUGCCUGUGGAAUUUAGCAGAAGGACGGACUUCAGUGACGGAUUCUGUUUUCACGGAGAAUGUGGGAUUCUGCAGAUGCUCUCUGCUAAAGGUGGCACAGGGGCGCUGGCUAAUGGCCAUGGCAGCCAAAUCCCUAGAGGAGGUUCAGGUUUUGGAGCUGCCAUCCAAGACGUCAGUCUGUACCUUGAAGCCAGAGGUGGGUGCCAAGCUGGGCAUGCCCAUGUGUCUUAAGUUAUGGCAGCUGGACUCUGGUUCUCAACCUUUGCUUCUGGCUGGCUAUGAAGAUGGCUCAGUGAUCCUUUGGCAUCUGUCAAUGGGAAAAGCAUUGAGCCGACUUGUUUGCCACCAGGAGCCAGUGAUGAGCCUUGACUUUGACUCGGAGAAGGCCAAGGGGAUCUCUGGCUCAUCUGAAAAGGUGCUUAGCAUCUGGAGCCUCAACGAGCAACAGAACCUCCAGGUUCACAAAACACACAAACUUGUCAACUCUGGCAUAUCUGAUAUUACCAUCCGCUCAGACAAGAAGAUCUUAGCAACAGCCGGCUGGGAUCAUCGCAUCAGGAUCUUCGGCUGGAAAAAAAUGAAGCCCUUAGCAGUGCUGGACUACCACACAGCAACUGUCCAUUGUGUGUCCUUCUCAGAUCACAGCAACCCAAGUGAGAGACUGCUAGCAGCUGGCUCAAAAGAUCACCGCAUCAGUAUCUGGUCAAUAUAUACUCAGACAUGAUAUGUUCUGCACUUUCAUGGGCUAGAAAGCAGGACUGGUGAAGCAGUAAUUCAAAUCUGGAUGUGGGGAAGCAAUAGAGCAUAUUUCCAGGCUGAACUGAGAGUCCAUGGAAAGCGUUAGAUUAAUUUUUAUGCUGCUUGUUUGACUGCAACGUUGCAGGUUUUGUUUUCCAAAGAGGGGAGUUGAUUUUUAAAAUGUAUAACAAGUGGAGCAAAGCCAGUCAUGAAUGAAAACACAGGACAAGUAGCUCCAAGUACUGUUGCAGGCUCUGCCAUGGCUUUUUCUUUGGCAGGUUGCUUGAAUAACUCCUGCCAAUUUCUUCUUUUGUGAAAAGGAACUGGAAUCUCUCAGACUGCUGUGGGGGCAGAAUAUGUCUGUUUGUAAGUCAUUUAUGUAUCCAAGAAUCUGAAUCAGUGUAAAAUAUGACUCUUUCUUGAGAAUUUAUACCCAUUAAACCACCUCCAGUGGUUUCUCAUUGUCAGUUACUUUUUCUUCUCUGUAACUGAAAGGCUAUCGGAACAACCUUGAUUUGUUCACACUUCUGUCAGGUUCUAACUUAAACCAACAGCCAGGAAUGUGACUAGGGACGGCCUUUGGCAUUUAUGAAUUUCAUUAUGUCUCCUGUCACCUCAAGCCUUGCAAUUAAUCACAAGAAGGGAAGAAAAAAAGAAAAAAAAAAUCUUCCUCUGCCCUGCACUGCAAAGCUAUGUAAAGCCUUUUACAGAGCCAGUGCUAAAUCCUUUCCAUAGACUGACUAGCAGAAGGAUUUAAACUCAGCAAUCCAAUUAGCACCCUUCUCCUUGGAGAGUUAGGGGUAAGUUUUCAGCAUGGCAAGUCUGGGAUUCAGCUACACCACUCCCAUUAGCAUUAAGGGGAACUGCAUGGAUAAAUCCUUAUCCACAGAGUGCAAAUGGAGCCAUUAACUUGUCAUCUCUAUGGUCAUGGAAGCUGAAAUUCAUUCAUAAAGGUUUUUUUGUUUUGUUUUGUUUCAAUCAAGAGACUGCAAUAGCAUUCUUUUAAAACAUAUACUGGGCAUGGCACAGUCUGUUCAUAGACAUUACUGUUGGAUUCAGGUUUGUCAGGAAGUUGCAGUUACUAUACCACUGAUGCAAUUAGCAAGUGCCGGUUUGUUGAAAGAGUAAUUUAAAAAGGAGAUGGCCUGCAGAC